UUGAAAACGCGUUCAGGCGUCGAAUGUAUCAUCCACUAUGUUCUUAUAGUUGGUGAUAACCGCCCACUUUCGUCGCACGUGCCGUGCGAACCACGUCACAUUUCAGCAGUUGUCUCGACGUCAGGCGGGUGACGAUACGCAUAUUUCUUAAGUGUCGUAAGUUAGUGAGAGACUGUAAAAUGUUUUCCUCCAUUUUAACGCUAGUGACAUUUCUAAGUUUCACUGUCGGACAGAAUCUGGUUCUAAUUGGUGGUAAUCUCAGAGAUGAUAACACUCAAGUCUGGAACAAAAUGGUCCAACUGGCUGGUGGACAAGGCGUGGCAAGAAUUGGAAUAAUCUCCGUUUCCAAUCGGAACACAAUCGAGGGUGACAGAGUAAUUGAAAACUUUGUGAGAGUUUACGGUGCCAAAGCAGUUGGGAUUCCCGUGUCGCAGUUUGGCGCAAACGAUCCCGUCGUAGCAAAUUUAGUGAAAGAACAGACAGGGAUUUUCAUCGUCGAAGAUUCUGAAGAUAAAUCUUGGAACUUUUGGAACUGGGUAACGUCGUUGGUACGUCCAACCGAUGUCUCUGUAGAGCCACCCACCGGGAUGGUGUGUUACGAAAGUGCUAGUUACAAGAGACAACAGCUGAUCGAUACACUCCGUCCGUCUGGCCAAGAUUCUCUGGUAUUAACAGCUAUCAGAACAGUCCUGAACAAAGGUGGAAUGGUUGCAGGAAAUGCUGCUUUCAUGGGUAAAUCAGCAGUCAUUUUAGAAGGUGACUCGAUCAGCGCUCUUGUGUCUGGAACACGUUUCAUUUCCUUUCCUCGCAUGUCUUACUCCAUCCGAAAAGAUGGUGGUCUCGCUCUUCUCAACACCGAUUACGUAAUAGAGAGCCACUUGAGCGAGAAAGGACGAGAAGUGCGAUUGAUGCGGACACUCCUUGAAAGUGACGUUUCCAGGGGACUCGGUGUCGAUGAGAAUACUGCACUUGUUGUCAAUAAUCCACUUUCCCUGCCAGUCGGUCAAGUCAUAACUGCUCCAUUGGCCGUAACUGGUGUUCUUUACUUUGAUGUCUCUGACAUACCAACUCCUUCGAUAACCAACGCUCUGUACGAGAAUGUCACGUUUUCGUUCUUUACAGUAGACGACAUUUUCGAUUUGACAUCAGAGAGUGUAACUUACCCACCUUGGAAGAAAGCUAUUGCUGGCCAAGAGUGGUUCAAAAAUGCUGUCCCAUCUAAUGACAUUCUGUCUCGUGUCGGGCCGUCUCAGUGGCGGCAGACAGCUCGACGUCUUAUCGAUUGCAAGGAGUUGAACGUGACUAGUUACUCACCGUCAUCGAUCGUCCCUAUGAUUCCCGGCGUUCAAGUGAUCUUUGAUCGACAACGUGCAGUCGGAUAUGGAGCGGAUCUGCCCGGCGAUCCCAACAAUACUUACGUCGCUUCUUUUCAAAGAAUGGUGGCUUCCGUCAAGGUUCUCGGAAUACUGUAAAUACGACUCGUAUGUAGAAUAGAUCCACAGUUAUCUCAAAUGUAAGCGCAUAGCUGUAAUGACUUUAAUCAAUGCAACUAAAAAUAAACUUUUAGAAUUAUAUUAAA